UAUUCACUGACAAAAGUGGCUGCUGACGUUUACAGCAUUCAAAAAUCAGAAAGCUAAAUGACCAGUAAGGAGGAAGAUCUGCAGGACAACCAGUACGUAGUCAAUCUGGACCAUGAGCAGUUCUGCUGCUCAGUUUGCCUGGAUCUGCUGAAUGAGCCCGUCACCAUCCACUGCGGACACAGUUACUGCCGAAGCUGCAUCGAGAGCAGCUGGGACAGGCAGGGUGAGAGGGAGGAAUACAGCUGCCCCCAGUGCAGGGAGACCUUCCAUCCCAGGCCUGUCCUGAAGAGAAACAACAUGCUGGCUGAGGUUGUGAAGAAGUUUAAGAUGAGAUAUCCCCAACCACCGCCUCCGUCUCUGACCGUGGCCGCCCCGCCAGAUGUCGCCUGUGACUUUUGCAGUCUCGGAGGAAACAAAGCCACCAAGUCUUGCUUGACGUGCUUGGCAUCUUACUGCAAUGAACAUGUAGAGCCUCACUACACUGUCUCCGUGUUGCAAGAGCAUGAACUGAUCUCAGCUACGAUGCCAAUAGGGCACAAGGUGUGCACCGAGCAUCGGAAGUUGAUGGAUCUCUGCUGCCAGACGGACGAGCAGCUCAUCUGCACCAAGUGCACGAUGGACAAACAUAAAGGUCACAAGUUUGUGUCUAUUCUGGAGUUAAAGGAGACCACAAAGGAACGGCUGGAGAAAGUUCGAAAGCAAGUGCAAGAGAAAGUCCAGCAAAGAGAAGAAGAGCUGGAGACGAUCAUACAAGCUGAGAAAAAUGUUAAGAGCAGUGCCCAGACCUCAAAGGCAGACUGUGCCAAGGCUUUCUCCGAGCUGAUCUCGUCUGUGCAGAACAGAUGCAGUAAGCUGGAGCAGCUGAUUGAGGCCCAGGAGAAGAGCGCCCUCGCUCAGGCUGGGGAGCUGAAGCAGCGGCUGGAGAAUGAGCUCGGCGAGCUGAGAGGGAAGGAAGGUCAGCUGCUGCGGCUUUCAAGCAGCGAUGACGUUGUCCACCUAACACAGCUUAACCCCAUUUCCGUCGCAUUUCAAGACUUUGCACCGGGUGCCGGUCCUCCACGUUCUUUCACAGAUGUGACUGCUUGUGUGACUGAGCUGAAAGCCAAAGCAGACAUUUUGCUGGAGGAGACAUGGCCCAAGAUCUCAACUACGGUCUCUUACGUUGACUUCUCCCUUUCACCUGCACCCAACAGCAGAGAGGAGUUUUUGCGUUAUUGGCGUCCCUUAACACUGGAUGAUACGUCAAACUACCCUAAGCUAACCCUCAUGGACAACAACCAAGAAAUGAGGCCUUCACCCAUCCCCUAUUCUCCUCAUCCAAACAGAUUCAUAAAAUUCCCACAGGUCCUUUGCAAAGAGGCUUUAACAGAGCGGUGUUACUGGGAGGUGAAGUGGCACGCUCGCACUCUCUCUGCGGCUGUAGCUUACAAAGACGCCAACCGAACUUCGGACGAGUCAGAGUUUGGGAGAAACGACAAGUCUUGGACUCUAGAAUGCUCAGGAGACACCCUGACGUUUCGACACAAUGAUGUCGAUACGAAAGUACCAGGCUCUUGCUCCAAAAAGAUCGGCGUGUUCCUGGAUUACCAGGCAGGAAUUUUGAGAUUUUAUCAAGCUUCUGAUCAAAUGCUGCAAAUCUUUGAAGUCCAGACCACGUUCACUGAGCCUCUUUAUCCUGGUAUUGGUUUGAACUAUGAGUGGUAUGAUACUGGAGUAUUUGCAGGAUUGGCCAAAUUGAAAUAGUACAGAACUCGUACAGAAUAUAAUUCUGAAAAUGUUAGUGAGUCGCGGUUUGCAGGUGUGGCAAAAACAAUUCCGUGUAACAGAAUUUCUGUCAAGAACUUGGAAAGUCUCCAAAGCUAAAGGUGAAAGGGGAGGAGUAAUUAAACUCUGUGGUGGAAGGAAAAUAUGAGGAAGUACUUUCACUUGAUUUGAUGUGUUUUGAAUUCGCCAAAAUUUCAUUGAUUCGUUCAUGUUGUUUUUCUUGCAAAAUCCAUCAUCAAGAGAAGAAUCAGCAAAUCCACCUGAACUUGUGAAAUCAGUUUUAUUUUGCAUCGGUCUAUGGUGGAACCAACUCACACACCAUCAGAGAAAUGCAGAGAGCAGAUUUUCUGGCACUGGAUUUUCUACUUUUGUAGUUUUGAAUAUAACUGGACAGUCAAGUUGCUCUGGGUGUUUAAUAUGUAAAACUGAUCUUGGGGGAAUAAACAUCUUUUUAACAAAUUUGAA